GACAUAUUUCGACAUCGUUUUCCGAAGUUUUAUGGCGGUGGAGACAGGAGAACAUUCUUCUCCAAACAUAAAUACAUAAAAUGAAAGUUAAAUAACAUUAAAUCUGAUAAUAAUACAGACUCAAAAGUUAACUUUCCAUUCAUAAUUUAAGAUAAGAGUGAUUAGAAAUAAGUGUUUAAGACAUAGGUAUCAGUGUAAUUGACUAACCAGUGCAAAACAAACUUCAAAAUGGAUCAAAUGCUACCGAGUCCAUACAAUAUCCCUGGUAUAGAUACUCCGUUGCAUCAACCAGAGGAGGAUCAACAAAUUUUGCCAAAUGCUAUGCAACAGCAGCAUCAGCACCAACAGCAGCAACAACAACAUGCCCUUGCCGCCAUGGGUUCGUCUCCGCUGGUCGGUUUUGGCGCCUCACUAAUGGGGACUCCUCAGAGAUCAGUCCAUACAUACGCGCCAGCUGCCAGCUAUGCUACACCCCAACAAAUGAUGCAGCCACAAACACCACAAAACUUAAUGUCACCUAUGAUAACAAGUGGUAGCUUGGCUGGUCAACAAAUGUUAAGUCAGGCAAGUCCAGCACCAAUGACUCCCAUGACACCUCACUCUGCUGACCCUGGCAUUGUACCACAGUUACAAAAUAUUGUCUCCACCGUGAACCUCAAUUGUAAACUAGACCUAAAAAAAAUUGCCCUACAUGCCAGAAAUGCGGAAUAUAACCCAAAGAGAUUUGCUGCAGUUAUUAUGAGAAUAAGAGAACCUAGAACUACAGCACUGAUAUUUUCAUCAGGAAAGAUGGUUUGCACAGGUGCUAAAAGUGAAGAAGAUUCACGUCUAGCUGCUAGAAAAUAUGCUAGAAUUAUUCAGAAACUAGGCUUUACAGCUAAGUUUCUAGACUUUAAGAUCCAGAAUAUGGUGGGAAGUUGUGACGUUAAGUUUCCAAUUCGCCUUGAAGGCUUAGUACUGACUCAUGGACAGUUCAGUUCAUAUGAACCUGAAUUAUUUCCUGGACUUAUUUAUAGAAUGGUUAAACCUAGAAUAGUAUUAUUGAUUUUUGUGUCUGGUAAGGUUGUGUUAACUGGAGCUAAAGUAAGAGAAGAAAUAUAUGAAGCAUUUGAUAACAUUUACCCAAUAUUGAAGAGCUUUAAAAAGCAAUAAGUGUGAAUGUUUGAGUACUUUAAUUAAAAUAAAUGUUGAUCUAUUUUACAGAUUUAAAA